AUGGACCGCGAAAUGGAGCUUCUUUUGGAACGCAUAAAAGACUUCAGGUACCUCUACGACAAAAGUGAGCCGAACUUCAAGGAUACACAGAUGAAAGAAGCCAGGUGGGAAAUGAUCGGCAAGGAAUUCGGAAUGUCGGGAGCAACAUGUGAAAAGAAGUGGCGCAACGCGCGGGAUCACUGUGUGAAGAUACGGAACAAGCUAGCAUCUGCAUCCCGUAGUGGCAUGGCGGCGGCUGCGCUGCCGGCAGUGAAAUGGCCUUAUUUUGAGGUUGUUUCAAGUAUGUUGGGGCCAUUACCAUCGGGGUCGUAUAUUACGAAUGUGCCACCCAGAAAUACUGGGGUUUCCUGUAGCCAGCCUUCCCGGCCACCUUCUCCUCCAAGUGCAACUGCACAGGAAACAGCUAGGAACCUGCUAGAGUCGAUGUACAACGGGAGUUCAAGCAUCAACACCUCUGCUGAUGAUUAUGAACCGUAA